AGACGCAACUGUGCUGUGAUAGAGGCGGGAUACGCUCGUACAUUGAGACACACCCACACAUCCACACACGUACACAUUCAAAGAGGAUAUCCUUGGUGCUUUACGGCUGGCCUUGGAGGUUGAUACGUGCAGCGAGCAAUGGAACAUCGCUUCAGUAUGAAAAGACACAGUUGGCGCCGCACCGUUGUGUGCGUCGGCGUUGUCUUUGUCUUGUGCAUCCCCAUCUUUGCUCUUUACCAAUUAUUAUCCGCGGAUGAUGUUGCCGGCUAUCUUGGCGAGGAUCGGGUGAAGGCGGGUCGUGGAGGCUCGACGGGGACAGCAGCGACGCACCGGGAAUCACGAGCGACAGACACAACGACGAAGGCCACGCACAUGCCGUUUGAUGAAAGGAACACGGAGAUGCUGCUGCACCUCAACAGCCUCGAUCCGCUACCACCUCGCGUUGGUGAGAGGGCGAUCAGCUUUAUGGAGUUCAUUGGUUGCCUGGAGCAGCGUUUGCAGGUGAACCGCAAGACCAAAACGGAGCUCCCCAUCAGCGACGACAAGCCCUUUAUUCCGUACUUGGUUCUUCCCGUCACAUUUGAGCUGCGCGACAUCAAGCAAUUCGUCUGCAACGUCACCGUGCCUUUUAAGCACCUCAUGUACGUCCAGAACGGGCCGCUUUACAGCACGUCGGAGUUUCUCGACGCCACGGAGGCCGUCUUCUCCUUCACCACACGAUUGCAGAUCCGACGGUACCCAAAGAAUAUUGGCUACGCCGGCGCCCUCAACGUCGCCAUGCGCCACGCCAUGACCUUCCCUUUCGAGGAAGUGCCCUUCUUCACCACGUCGAACAACGACGUGCGCUUUCCCGGUGACGCGCUGGUGCAUGCGCUGCCCAAGUUUCUGUCCGCCUCGAUGAGCGGGGCGGGGCUGCUGAAGGAGUUCAUGGCGGAGGUGGCGACGGAGCCGAACGAGUACACGCCGGAAGUCUUCCGCGCCGUACCGCUGCGCUCCUGGGAUGGCGAGCACGUCGUGGUGACCUCGCGCUACCUGCCUGACCGUGUGCGCUACAUGAACGCUGACGAACGCAAGAAAAUAUUUCGCAGCCACGCUGGCGUGCUUUUCCCGGACUGGAGCGUGCAGGCGGCCUUUUAUGCCCUAACCCGCCUUGCUAUCGAAACAGCCGGCUUCUUCGACGAGAACUGCUACCCCGCCUACUGGGAAGACCCCGAUUAUAUGCAGCGAGUGAGAUUCCUGGGCCUCCACGACAUUCGCGCGCUCGGUUCGAAGGAUGGCGUCUUCCAUCCGAGCUUCAACUUCCUCGAUACGGAGAAAGCGCACGCCGCUUCGAAAGAGCUUGGCGACGUGCUUGUGUUCUUGCGGGGAGUGACCGAGAUUCUUCUUUACAAGCUGUCGGAGGUCUACUGGAACGGGAAGCCAGCCACGGUGAAUGUCCACGGGAAAGCGCCAACGGGCGUACUGCUGCCGCUCGACGCCUACGUGCUGAAUGAACGUCGGCGGCGUGCCUUGGAAGAAAUGAUUCAGCUCAGUCUGCAGCACUACCGCAGCAAUGCCUCUGCCCGCGUGGACCGCACGAAGUCUGCGAAGAUCAUCGCGUUUGUGAAUCCAGAGAAGCGAGAGCAACUCUUGAAUGAGCUAAAUGUUUCCGUGGACGGAGUCGCCUACUACAAAAAUGGCUACACUCUGCGACGUUUAUCGUUGGCAAUGUAG